GUCAGUUUCUUUCCCCUCGCGGAGCCACGUUUUCUAAAAACAUCUGCAAAGCGACCGGUCCGGGCAAGAGAAAAGUUUCAUCAUCUUCACCUAACAAGUGGUACCGUUUGAGAAAGAGGGUGAAAAAUGGUGCUCGACCUCGAUCUGUUCCGCAGCGACAAGGGUCACGAUCCAGCCAAGAUACGCGAGAACCAAACGCGCCGCUUCAAGGAUGUGGCCCUGGUUGAGGCGGUCAUUGAGCAGGACAAGAAGUGGCGUGCCUGCCGUUUCAACGUGGAUAACUAUAACAAACUGAAAAACUUGUGCAGCAAGGAGAUUGGCGAAAAGAUGAAAAAGAAGGAACCGCAGGGAGACGAAGCAGAGCCGCUGCCAGAGCAGGUGGAGCAGGAGCUGCGGGAUCUUCAGCUUACUUCUUUAAAGUCCUUGACCGUGCAGCAAAUCAAGAAGGUCCGCGCUCGCAUCGAUGAAGCCGUGCUGGAGAACGAGCAGCUCAUGCGGGAGGCGGAAUCCAGCCGGAACACGGCGCUACGCGAGGUUGGCAAUCAUCUGCACCAAAGCGUCCCGAUUAGCAACGAUGAAGACGAGAAUCGCGUAGAGCGCACGUUCGGAGACUGUGAAAAACGGCAACGGUACUCACACGUCGAUCUGAUAGUCAUGAUCGACGGCAUGAACGGGGAUAAGGGGGCGGUAGUUUCCGGUGGACGCGGAUACUUCCUGACCGGACCGGCUGUUUUCCUUGAGCAAGCGCUCAUUCAGCAUGCGCUCCACAGUCUGUACGCGAAGGACUACACACCUCUCUACACGCCGUUUUUUAUGCGGAAAGAAGUGAUGCAGGAGGUUGCCCAACUGUCCCAGUUCGACGAGGAAUUGUACAAGGUGGUUGGAAAGAGCAGCGGAGAGGAGGGAGCGACGGAUGAAAAGUACUUGAUUGCUACCUCGGAGCAACCGAUUGCGGCCUACCAUCGCGAUGAAUGGAUCGCGGAGAGCGCUCUGCCGAUCAAGUACGCUGGACUUUCAACCUGCUUCCGGCAGGAGGUGGGAUCGCAUGGGCGUGAUACGCGCGGCAUUUUUCGAGUGCAUCAGUUUGAGAAGGUAGAGCAAUUUGUACUUACCUCACCGCAUGAUAACAAAUCGUGGGAGAUGAUGGACGAGAUGAUCGGUAAUGCCGAAGCCUUCUGCCAAUCGCUCGGUAUUCCGUACCGCGUUGUUAACAUCGUAUCCGGGGCGUUAAAUCAUGCGGCUGCAAAAAAACUCGACCUAGAAGCGUGGUUCGCCGGUUCCGGCGCGUUUCGGGAACUUGUUUCAUGUAGCAACUGCCUCGAUUAUCAGGCUCGUCGUCUGCUUGUACGCUAUGGCCAGACUAAGAAGAUGAAUGCGGCAGUUGACUACGUACACAUGCUAAACGCGACGAUGUGUGCAACAACACGCGUUAUCUGUGCGAUCCUGGAAACGCACCAAACGGAAACUGGCAUCAAAGUUCCGGAAGUGUUGCAGAAAUAUAUGCCGGAGAAGUACCGCCAGGAAAUUCCGUUCGUUAAGCCAGCACCAAUCGACGUCGAACAGGCUGCAGCUGAAGCAAAGAAAGCUGCUAGCGGCAAGAAGGGCAGCGAUGGCAAGAAGUCUGGAAACGCCGCUUAAAUGAAAUCGUUCAACAGAGGUACCAGUAGGUUCGCAGUAUACUACCCUCUCUUACGCUCACUGACGAAGCAGUCCAAAUGACGUCGUCUAAUUUAUUGAAUUUUUUCUCCACAUAUAUCACUUCAAGAAUUGGCCCCGAUGCAUUUAGCGAUCAAUAGUGCAUUUUAUCUCUACAGGGCGUUAAUAAAGAUGCUUCACAUCGCGUUUCACA